GUUAGUGUGCACUGAGGAUGGUGAAAGGUUGGGUGCUGUUCACUCCAGCCCUCGAGAGGUUGUGUUGACAUGCUGUCUUUCGGACCUGUGAGCCUGUAAAUUUCACUGAUGAAGGCGUGAGGUAACACUGUGACGGUGUGUCGUCAGGAAGCACCCACAGCACCACGAGAGCAGCAGUGGUGCUGAUAGAUAUAUGCAUAUUGUCUUUUUUUUUGUUUUUUUUGUUUUUUUGUUUUUUGUUUAUGACCGGAUGGGUCGGUCUCCCACGUUUUACUCUCACGGUUGUCUUCAGCUAUUCUGCGAUGACUUUAAACCGGGACGUUUCAUACAUGUGUAAUAAAUCAAACUUGUAUGACCUGUGAGGUACCCGCUUGCUUGCCCCUUCCCGCUGAGGCAUCCGUUAGACGGCUGCGUGCUGACGCUGCCUGUGAGGGUCGCUGAUGCCGGGAAGCCUGUGGCGAUUGCGAGGGAAGAGACCUGAUUUUCAUCUACUUUGAGGUUGUAUGGAAAAAAAAAAAAAAAAACUGAGGAAGAAAACUAAAAUAGAGACUUGUCAUCAGCCAGCGUCAGAGGGAACGAAGGAACAGGGAAGGGAAGGCACCGCACUGGAUCUCACGUCCCAGAAUGGUCUAGUGGUACGGAUGUUAGGUGAUGUGAAAGGCAGCACCACCGUGGAGACGUCCCUCACGGCAAGCGUCGGCCCCUCACGAUCGACUGAUGCCUGUGACACCUCCGAGGACGCCUCCAAGACAGACUCCAAACCAACGACCACGCUGAUCAUGAACUACAGCCUCGGGGAGAUGAACGUGGGCGAGACAGAGCAGCGGUUACCGGGAGGCGUCGGGCGUUGUCCUUACUUCAGGUUCAUGACCCUUCACCGCCGCCGUCGCCGGAAGAACCCCACGCGCCAUCUUGAGAAAAAGCAUCAGGUGCUCCUCGACGACCUAUACAACGGCCUCACGCAGAACAUAUUGUCUCAAGUGGGAGUGUGGUGCUUCAAUGCCUUCACCCUGAACAGUGUGUGUGGGGGCAGGCCUGUGUCCGUUCUUUGUGUCUACCUCCUGCAUAAGUAUGGACUGAUACACCAUUUCAAGUUUGACACUGUGACAGUCUGGAAAUGCUUUAGUUUGAUUGAAGAUGGGUACCAUGCCUCAAACCCUUACCACAAUGCUAUUCAUGCAGCAGACGUCACCCAGGCAAUGCAUUGUUACUUGCAGGAAAGAAAGAUCUACCAACACCUGACACCACUGGAGAAGUUGGCUGCUCUUGUUGCUGCUGUCUGCCAUGACCUCGACCACCCGGGGGUCAACCAGCCAUUCCUCAUUGCCACGGACAACCAUCUGGCAGCAUUAUACAAAAAUUUCAGUGUACUUGAGAACCAUCACUGGAGAUGUGCCAUGGGGUGUCUGUGGGAGUCUGGUCUUCUGGAUUCAUGGGCAGCAGAUGAUGUGACUUCCCUCCAGGACAUGCUGAGGUCACUCAUUUUAGCCACUGACAUCACACGCCAGCAGGAGUUUCUUAUAAAGUUUAAACAAUACCUGGACAGUGGAACCUUUGACAUGGAGGAUCCUGAGCAUCGUCACUUCUCUCUCCAAAUUGCCUUGAAGUGUGCUGAUAUUUGCAAUCCAUGUCGGCCGUGGGAGGUGUCACAGCAGUGGUCAUACAAGAUAUGUGAUGAGUUUUAUCGUCAAGGAGACUACGAACGACAGCUGAACCUCCCUGUAACCCUGCUGUGCGAUAGCAAGAAGAUGUCUGUGGCCAAGAUUCAAACAGAUUUCAUCAAUUAUGUGGUAGCUCCACUUUUUGAUGUUUGGGACCGGUGGCUGAAAACAACUUUGUCAAAUGCCAUGGUUGCCAACUUGAAUGAAAAUUUGAAGAAAUGGGAAGAGAAGUUGCCUAAAAAGAUUCCCGAGGAAGGCACCUCUCUCUCACCUGUUGUUCCUUCAGAGUCUUCUGAGAACCCAGUGGAUAGUACUCAAGAAGAUCUUGAUGAGGCUGAUGGUGGAACAUCACCCAGCAGUAGUGGAGACAGUCAUCAGUCUGUGCUUGGCUCUCUAGAAAAUGUGUCUCGGUCACUUCAGCUUGGCAGGAGACAUUCGGUUCCUCUUAAUAUGCCACGGUUUCUUCCACGCACAAUCAUAAGGAGGGAGAGUCUGCCUGAAAAUGGAAAUGACCAUGUUGUGAUAGAGACUGUGACGAUGGCAGGAAUGUCUUUAACAUCUCUUUCUUCUCAGUCAGCUGAAGUUAACUCUACAUUGACUCCUGAUGCCCUUCUGCCUGAGCCUUCUGUCACUGCCAUGGGUGGUGUGGGCAUUGGAGUGCCACGUUUAGCCACUCGAUUCGUUCGACGAAAGUCCCUCCCUCCCCUUUGGCUCAAGCAGACAAGGACUAGAGCCUCACACUUGCUGCAACCUUUGUCACCCACACCAAGUGAAGAUGUUCCAUCUGAACAAGCAACUCAGGAAAAUUCUCCACAGGAUAGUGAUAAUACAAAAAGACUGGGGGCAGUAUGUAGUGGUGGCUCUGUUUCUUCUGGUGGAAAUAAUGGUAGUGGUUGUAGUGGAACUGGAGGUUGUGAUCGACGUGAAACUAGUGUUGACACUGUUGACCCAACGGAACAAGUGCACCAUCCACCGAGUAGUGAUAAAUUGACGUCAUCUCAAGACAUUGGUGUUCACAAUAGGAAAAAUGUUUCCAAUCAUCAAGGUGCUGCAACAUUCCUUCACUCUGACAUUUUGGAUAAUUAUCCCUACAGACCUUUCAUUGGAAGGGGCUUAGUGCGGCGUGCUUCUUUAGACAGUACAAGUAUUAAUAGUAAGCGAGAAUCAUUGGAUCGCUUGUUGCAUGAAGGCAAUAAAUUUCCUUGUGUGGACCGAACUAAUAGUGAGUUAGAUAAAGAGAAUCUAGUGCCAAGAGAAACACCAAUAUACCAAGAACAGCAACACCCAAUGCAUGCCUGGAAAACACGUGCUUGGCGGAGUCUUAACUGUGAUGACGAAAAUACGUGUGACCCACGUGAAAAACUGAUGAAACCAGGUAUAUACAGGCUCAAUCAUUCUCAGGGAAGUCUACAUGCUCAUGGGCGCCGAGGGUCAGCACCACUGCUGCGGCCGGAGGAGCUGUUGGGUGGUCUCCGAGGGGGAGCCGAGAGGCCUGAUUAUCAAUACCUCUCUCUGCGUAGAGGGUCAGCACCAUCACAAGCCAAUCAAAAAGGCUGUGAUACUGAGGUGGGCCCUGAGGUAGCUGGUCACCACACUCCUCUCACAUCAACAGAAAACCUGCCCUUUGGGGAGUAUGUCAGUGGACAUUCCAGGCUCAGGGGGCGGCGUCGAGGUUCAAUACCCUUUGAUCAUCCUGGAUUAUGCCAACCUGGGUCAGGUGGGGGAGGUAGUUUGGGAGUUUCCGGUGGAGGCUGUGGGGCAGCUGGCUUCCCCUCAGUCUUGCCACACUAUUACCAAGAGUACCACAGGGGAUCUGGAGGCCUGGAAUUGCUCACUGGAUUAUGGAGAUCACACUUGGAUCCAGAAAGUUCAAUGUUCAGUGAUGGUGACUUGUGUUCUCAAUCUUCUGGGGGCCUGACCCCCAGCACCCCUGGAGCAACACUUCCGCCCCACCAUACCCUGCCCCACACCCUCCACAGGCGUGGCUCACUGCCAAUUGACCUCUUCCACUCAGUGUGUGGGAUUACGAGGGGACAUAGCCACUUCAGUGCUCAGGCUCAGCGCUUCCGCCUCAGUCCAAUAAUUCUGCCAGCCUCCAGUGCCAACCCACAUUCUCAUUUUACUUUCACAUCCUGUCUGUGAAUCAUGUAUACUUGUAUUAUAAAUUUGUUACCCAGAGCAUUUUAAUAUGGAAGAAAAUUGUUGUAAUAUAAGUUCAUAUGGUAUGUCAUUGUCUAGUACUCUAUAUAUAUAUAUAUAUAUAUAUAUAUAUAUAUAUAUAUAUAUAUAUAUAUAUAUAUAUAUAUAUAUAUAUAUAUAUAUAUAUAUAUAUAUAUAUAUAUAUAUAUAUAUAUAUAUAUAUAUAUAUAUAUAUAUAUAUAUAUAUAUAUAUAUAUAUAUAUAUAUAUAUAACAGGAACACUGUGCUUCUUAUGUAUAUAAUUUUGUAGUAUUGGAAACAUAAUGUUGUAUAUGUUUGUGUCCUUUCUUAAUGUGUUUAAAGAUUAAGUAUGGAAAUGUAUUUAGGUACAGUUUUAUCAUAUCUAGUUAGCGGUAAACAAAAAUAUAAUUUACUCAGUUGACAUUAGUCAUAGGAAUAUAAUAAAACAUUUUUGUUCAUAUAAUUGCACAAGCCUACAUAGUUAAAUGCAGUUUGUCCUGUUGUUCAUGUGUCUGCUCUUGCCUGGUGAGGCAACAUCCUCUGAUUGUUAGGCUGUGACAAGCCAGCAAGGUCUGCAGGUCCAGGUGAUUCUACUGGAUCUAGAGAAGCAGUCUUCAAUUUUGGACCAUUUUUUUGUAUUAAAUAAUGCCUGAGUAAAUGUAUUCAGAUAUUUUGGUCAGAAGUUAUUUUUAUUACUGUGAAUAUACAAGUAGAUGAUAAAAAUGUUAAUCUUCUACACAACUAAUUAGUUUUUCAUGAACCUUAAUGGUGAAUAUAAUAUUUGUAUUAAUACUUUCUAGUUUUUAUGAUGUCAAGAGACUUGAAAAAAAAAAGCUCAAUUAAGCUCAAUUUAGUGCUGACGUCCAAUACUGUACAUUUACAAUGAAGCUUCAUCUAGACAAUCCAUGCUCCGUUUAAAUUUUGUGUGUGAGUAAAGGUCAGUAACUUUAUUUUAUUUAAAAUAUAAUUAAUGCCACAGUCAGUGUCUUGAGGAAAUGCAAACUGCGUCUGAUUUCAUGUUGAUGAGAUAACUUUAAAGGUGUCUUCCUUUCAAUUUAUCACGGUGUUGCUGUCAGUGUCACUUGUCCAAAUCACUGGAUUUGGAUGCAUUUAUAAAGAAUCUUCAACGAGUAAAGGAAAAUCGUAACUGUGGUUCUAAUAUAUAAAUAUAUAUAUUGGUCAUAGGUGGCACUAAUAUAUUAUGAUUUAUGUACCACUGUAGUCAGUGUGGAAAGAUAACAGAUGAUCCUAUUGCCCCUCUUCCUUGAAGAGGGAUCAGUUACCUCUGGGGAGGAUCAAGAAAUUAUAUUCCAUCUUUCCUGCUGAGUGAUGAUGGUCUUUUCACAUAUUUAAGUGUAGAGCAGCCAUCUACCUGAAUUGUUUUCUCUAUUUUCAAAUAAAGAUAUUUUAUUUUAUUUUCUAACAUAUCUUACUGUACUCAAAUGAAGAUUCUCAAUCACACAAAUUUUAAUAGUAGAUAUAUACAUAUGAGGUGGCAUACCUUCCAUGUUUCAUGUUGACUUUGCAUGACCAGUAGUUGUUUAAUUGAAUAGUCAGCAGUGUAGGAUGAAAAAUAUUUUGAACAGUUACCUAUAGUAAAUUAUCCUAAAUUUUAUCCCUUAUCUAUUUAAUAUAUAUUCUUUUGUUUUUGUUCCUCUAAGUGCAUUUACUGUGAUAUUCUGAAAAGGAUUUGGUCUUGUUGCAUUACCUGCUGCAAAAGUUUCUAAAUAUACAGUGAGAUACUAAAGCUCUCAGACAAAAUCAUAAUCAAAAUCUGAGUAAUGUGUGCUUUUGUCCUCAAAAAGCUGCCUCAUCAUCCAACGACUUCACAUCUUAACUGUCUUCAGGUUGUAUGUAUUUAAGAGAACAAAGUGUGUCAAAGAUUGAUGCUUAUAAAAUAACAAUGAAUAAGAGAUGGGGGAUUUGUUGUACACAGUGGAGGCUCAUCUUUAGGAGCUGCUUUAACCUCCCUCAAUAUCUCCUAAAGAAACUGGGUAAUAUUGUAAUUAAUUAUAUUUUGUUACAAAGUAAGCUAGGUGUUUUUUGAUUGGGUUAGUCUAUUAAUCAUAACAAUUUAGGACCACAUGCAAGUGAACUCGGCUUGAGGGAAGAAAGAUCCAAGUGACGGAAUAAAUUGUUAGAUGUUUUGAAAUGAGAUAGUGUGACAAUGAAUACACUAAAGAAGACAUGUAAUAUGUUCCUGAAACCUUGGAAUUAGAGGGUAUGGCAAACCAUUUGCACAUAAGCCCAAAACUUGGUGAAUUACUAUCAAGUGUUUUAAAUGCAAAAUCUUCCUUUUAAAACAAUUACUGGAAUAACAAUGAAGAGACAUUAAUAACGUCAUGCUUUCUUUUUCCUUGUAUACCAGAUUCUGAAUUCAAGUUCCUUUUUUACUUUGUGACAGGCAUGAUGCUGCUGAUCUCAUAGCCCUCCCAUUUCCACCAAGUAUGUUGUACUAACAAAAUUAUGUAUAUGAAAAAUUUAAAGGUUUGAAAACAUAACAUUUAACUUAUUGUAACUGAAAUUGGGUGAUAAAUAACUAACAGGCCAGUACUGCGUUUGAGAAUGUAAAGGUCUUUUUCUAUGAGGAAGAAAUGUAUACGAUAGUGUUUGCAUAUAAAAAAAAAAUAACUUUGAUGUGAUGAAAAAAUGGUUCUAGUCAUCUCUGUUAUAUUACUGAGAGGAGAUCUUACACAAAGGUGUGCCUGCCUUUGAUUACUGGAAAAAGAUUGAUGGAAACAAAGGCAACAUAAUGUAGAAAAAACAUGAGCAUGAAACUUUUCUAUUGCUAGGAGGCAUAAUAGUGCUGACUUUUAAUUUUGUAAUGGCAGAGUACACCAAGCUAGAAGAAAACAUCAAUGUCCAGUUUCUUUUAAUACUAGCACUUCUUUUUAUCAAGGAAGUGAGUUUGUUGAAAAUACAUUUCUCCAAAAGUCAUUAAUUGAUAUGUUCUAUUAUCAGCUUUAUAGAUGAACCUUACAAAUUUUAGCUUGAUUUGUGUCUACUAUAGCAGUUUUUGUUGGGAAGGUUCCAUCUUGACAUCUCCUCUUUGAGUGAUCCUUGAAGUUUGUCUGGUUCAAAUUAGUAAUGUGAUUAUGCACUCCCAAUCUGAUACCUUAUUACAACUCUGUAUUAUUGUUGUUAUAAUUACUGUAUUUUAUUAUUAUAUAUUAUGUUAUUUUUAUCCUUAUUUUACUUAUUUUUGCUUUAAUUUUUUCAACUUAUUGCUUGUCGCAGUUCAACUAUAGCAAACUCACUUCCGUGAUAUAUCAUGGUAGGUCCAGAGGGCAUCAGUAUAGAUACGACAUGUGCUUGGAUUUUGGCUGAAGCUGUUAUGGAAGGACUAUAGACAUCAUGGCAAAACUUUCUGAGAGCCCUGAAUCACAUCUGUAUGUUACCUUUUCUGAAGUAGAUGUUGAUCAAAUGUAGAGAAAAUUCAAGAUGUUAGGAUGACAAAACAUUAUUAUUUUUAUUUGUAAGCAACAGUACAUCUUGCAGUGUGCCACUGAAUGGCAUAUAUCCCUAUCUUUUCACAAAAGAUCUAACUUCAAUGAGUGUUCAAAAGAGUUUUCUUCAAAAUUAUGGCUUAAUAAAGGUAUGCCCCUUUCUCCCAGAAAGGUGUCGUGAUGUGCAUAAAUUUGUAUUAGACUGAAAGAUACCUAACAGUAUUUUUCUUUACUGCUAUGAACCAGAUUUUCAGCACUCAAGUGAUAGAUUGCUGAAGCCACUGCUGAAGUAAGGCUGGAUAAUUGGAUGUGCAUAAAUUAGUGUGACUGUGUGGUAAUGAGGUACUAUUGACUGUGAUGGCUGUUACUACCAUAGUACUAGCAUGUUAUGUCAUAUGACCUAGAAAAACAAAAAUAAUUAUGAAUAUUAUUGUUAGGACCUGUGAAUGACAAAUCAUUGUUAUUUGUAUUGUGAGGUAGAAUAUUUUUGGCUUUCCAUAGUAUCACCAAAGUAAAUGCCUCAUUUUGUCAACCAUUAAAUUCUUUAGAGCUUAAUUUAAUUGACCUUGCUGAUUGUAUAUUUAUGAGUUGCCCAGUGAUUCACAAGUAACACGAGACCUUAAGACUCAACUCAAAAUUGAUAAAUUGACCAGCCACACCUCAACCCGGCUUUGGUUGUCUAGCACAUGGGUGUCAGAAUUUUGGAUGACAGUCAUAUGUAGUUGUGAAAAAUGUAGAGCAUAUUAUUAUUAUUAUUAUUAUUAUUAUUAUUAUUAUUAUUAUUAUUAUUAUUAUUAUUAUUAUUAUUAUUAUUAUUAUUAUUAUUGUCCUUAGUUAUUAAUAUUAUUAGUUUUUAUUAUUAUUAUACCCCUCUGUAGAGAUUUUGGCAUGGUAUAUAGAUAAAUAAUUACUUUUAUUAUUAUUAUUAUUUUAUUUUAUUUAUUUAUUUAUUUUUUUUGUAUAUCAGUCUUCAUCAUCAUCAUCUGAUACCAUCAUCAUUAUCAUCAGUAUCAUCAUCUUUGUAUCCUGUCCCCCUUCUCCUCCUCCUUAUCAUCAUCAUCAUCAUCAUCAUCAUCAUCAUCAUCAUCAUCCUUCUCUAAGGGGCUUUUUAUCUCCCCAUGUAAAAAGAAAACAGUUUUUUUUUUUUUUCUCAGUUUUGUUGUCCUUUGUUUUCCUUAUAUUUCCUUUACUCCUCUACUUCUUUUUAGACAUAAUCUUGGUCAUACAGGAUAUGGCAAGCUGCUUGAUAACUACAUACCCUUUUCUUUCAUCUUAUUGCCACUCCUAUUCUUAUUCUCAUAAUUUUUUUUUUUUAUUAUUGUUGUUACUGUUGUUGUUAAGAAAUGUUCAGAACGGUUGAGGGAAUCAAAAUUGUACAGCACAAUAGAAAGUGUAUUUGUAUCUAUUAUGUAGAUUACAUGAUACAGUAGACAUGCAAGUUUGUAUGGAUCAUGAGUGCUAAUUGGUUUUUAUCAUGUAGCUAUGCAAGAUGUUUUAUAUUGAA